GGAACACAGUUCCUAUGUCACAUCAAAAUGGCGGACCAAGAUGAGGCGGUGAGAGAGUUCGUUGCUGUUACCGAUGUAGAGGAUGAGAGGGCCCGCUUUUUCUUAGAGUCAGCCGGCUGGGAUUUGCAGCUUGCAUUGGCCAACUUUUAUGAAGAUGGAGCGGAAGAUGACAUUGUGACCCUGCCACCACCUGACGGUGGUUCAGUUUCUCGCUCCACAGGACCCAGUGAGCACAGAGUGACAUCCUUCAGAGAUCUGAUGCAUGAGGAAGAGGAGGAGAGUGAUGAGGAGGAAGGCCAAAGGUUUUAUGCGGGGGGUUCGGAACGCAGUGGACAGCAGAUCGUGGGGCCCCCCAAGAAGAAGAGCUCCAACGAGGUGGUGGAGGACCUGUUCAAGGGAGCCAAGGAGCAUGGGGCAGUGCCUGUUGACAGAGCUGGCAGGGGCCCUGGGGAGCCAAGCCGUGCACGGCCUUUUUUGGGAGGGGGAUACAGACUUGGCACCGCCCCUGAAGAGCAGUCCGCUUACAUAGCAGGAGAGAGAAGGCCGUCAGACAGCACACAGGAUGUGCAUGUGGUAUUGAAGCUAUGGAAAACUGGGUUCAGCCUGGACGAUGGGGACCUCAGGAACUACUCUGAUCCUAGCAACGCCCUCUUCCUGGAGUCCAUCCGCAGAGGGGAGAUCCCCAUGGAGCUCAGGCAAAGGUCUCGAGGUGGCCAGGUCAACCUGGACAUGGAGGACCACCGGGAUGAGGAGUUCUUCAAGCCCAAAGCUGCAUUCAAGGCCUUCGCAGGGGAGGGGCAGAAACUAGGCAGUGCCACUCCUGAUUUGGUGUCUGCUGCUGGGUUGGUGGAGGGGCAGCAAGACCCAGCAAUCACCGAGGCCCAGGCCAGUGCCUCUGUGGCCCUGGACACUGCACAGCCAGUGACGAACAUCCAGAUUCGACUGGCCGAUGGGGGCCGGCUGGUGCAAAGGUUCAACCACACCCACAGGGUGCUGGAUGUGCGUCAGUUCGUAGUAGGAGCUCGCCCUGCCAUGGCAUCAACAGAGUUUGUGUUGAUGACUACUUUUCCCAACAAGGAGUUGACAGACGAGACCCAGACACUGCGGGAUGCCAACCUGCUCAAUGCUGUCAUUGUGCAGCGGCUAAAGUGAUGAAGCUCCUGGAGGCCAGGGCAAAGCUGCAGUCUCGACUCCCAAAUGGGGAAUCACAUGAACUUGUGGACUUCUAAUCCUUUAUUCCAUUUAGUGAUAUAUUUUCCUCUUGAGCGGUUUGUGGAGUGUUUUCACAAGAACAAGGUUGGGGUUUGUGUACACCAAUGACGGAGGAGGACGAGACCGAGAGGAUUUAUGAAAAACUGAUUAAUUUGUUGAAAAUAAGUGAACACAAAUAAUAAAGCUUUUUAAAGAAACUGA